AAAAUGAUUUCUGUUGCAUUUAUAAAUUGAACAACAACCACAAGAAACACAUCGCGCGAAAAAAAAUCAUCACUAACUGACGAUACAAAUAACUGCUCAUUGCUGCUAUUGUGUUUUAAACUAACAUCGAAAAAAUGGCAUCACAUUUUGAACAAACGACAAGAUUUUCCGAAAAUAAUGCGACGACAUUUGAAGGAAAACGUGUUGUUUUCAAGACCAUGAAUAAUCGUGAAAAUAUACAAAAAGAAUUUGCUCUGGGCGAUAUCACUAACGGAUAUCACAAAUGCAUGCCAUCAGCAACACCUGUAUUCAGUAAAAAACAGAAGGCGAUGGUAAAAAAAGCUGAUAUUGAUACAGAACCACAUGAAAUGGUUAUUGCUUCUCGAAAACCGGUUGACGUUUUUAACAUUUGGGUUGAUAGGGAUGCAUUAAGUGAUGACGAUGUCGAUAGAUUGAUUGAACUAGAUAUCAUUGCCCAGAAUAUGAAUCCAUAUGAUGAAAUAGAACCACAAACAUCAAUCAUUGAAGACGACGUGCCAGAAACAAUCGAAACGUCAGAAUGUUUGGAACAAGCACCAGAUGACAAUUCUUUUGACGAGCUUACACAGCCAAAAUUAUUAUAUUUACCACCACCAACAUCAGAAUGCAUUUACAAUGACCCAGAAUUGUCAGAAUUAAAUCAUUCAGUGUUCGACUUGUCAGCAGACAGCGAAGAUCUAUUCGACGAGUAAAAUUCAUGCGUUAACAUUUGAAGGUGAUUUCCAAAAAUUGAAGUAAUUUUGAGCUGUGUAAAAGAAUAUUAGAAAUAAAAAAAAAAAUGGUAAAUAAAGUUGAAUAAAGUUCGUGGCAAAUAUGUCAUUUAGCAAGGAGA